AUCUUUCUUUUAUUUAGAAUAUGGAUUCCUUACAGCUAGCACAGGACGUAGUUAGGUGUGACGUUUGCUCGGACCCUUGUCGGGAAAAGUCUCCUGCGGAAGUGCAUUGUAACACGUGUCACACAAACUUAUGCAGCCCUUGUGUCGCCCGACACAUGGUAUCCGACAAAGCUAAGAAGCACGAUAUUGUACUUUUUCAUUCCACUGACACGGAAAUCAUCUUGCCAACUUGUUCCGUCCACUCCAAACACAAAUGUGACUUGUUUUGUGUGGCAUGCCACAGUCCUAUUUGUCUGAAAUGUCUUUCCACCGACCACAACAGCCAUAGAGUGCAAGAAAUUACCGAGUUAUGCAGAUCUCUUUGCAAGGAUAUUGAGAAGGAAACGGAGGAACUGGAGUCGCACAUCAUACCUGAAUUUGAAGAUCUUGUAGAGGACGAGGAAGAAAAAUUGAAGAAACUGCUGCAAGACUACGACAAGCUGGAGGAUUCCAUUGAAGAACAUGGAGAGCAGGUUCACAAGGCAGUAGACGCUGUUAUCAACAAGUACAAAGUCAAAGUUCAACAGAUGAAGCAAGAUGAUGCUAAAGCCCUUGGUCAACAGAGAGAUGAUAUCAAAGAUUUGUUGUCUCUGGCAAAACAGACUGCGAAAAGAAACAAACUGAUAGUGAGGUCAAAGAAUGCCACAGAUAUGAUGAAUUAUAAAUCUGAAAAUGCAAAACUACGGAAAAUUCCUGCUCUGAAGAGUAUAAUUCCCUCAGCUUUUGAAUCAAAGGACGUCUCUGUCAAUCUUUUAGAGAAGUUCUUCGGAAUGAUUCCAAAUUCUCGAUUUUUGUUUAAGCCAGAGUACACCCUCCAAAAUAAUGAUGGUCAAAACUCUGCUGCCAGCGCAUCAGAGUCCACGGAUAAGGUGAUGCAUUCUUUCGCUUUACCGUAUAAACUGCUCUACAGGGUAGCAUGCUCAAAGAUGGAGAAGUUAUGGACAUGUGGCAAUGAGAACACGAUUAAAUGUGUGGAUAUGCGGAACGGUUCUAUAUUACAAACCUUGGCGUUCAGCCUUGUGCCAGUUUCAUUCUGUUUGACUGAAGCGGAUAUUUUAUUUGUCUGUGAUGGGGUAAGCAUUGUGAGAAGAGAAGGGACUGGUGUCCCACAGUCAUAUUUUAGUGUUCCUGGAGGAUGGGUCGUAGAGGCAAUUGCAACCACGACACACCCCGUCUUGGGUCUCCUUGCGUUUCUGAGGAGCGAGGACAGCAGGCAGUCCAAAACUGUCCGAAUUAUCGAUGCCCAAGUCCGAGGCGAAUUUCAGUAUGAUGACAAGGGGAAACCACUGUAUCACUCAGGCUGCUAUGAUUAUUUCCUCACUGAAAACAGAAAUGGCGAUGUUUGUGUCUCCGAUACAACAGCACUCGUUGUGAUAGAUAAAUCAGGCAAGUUUCGCUUUAAAUAUCAUGGGAAUGUGUUUGCAACGUUUGAUAAACCUUUUAAACCAAGAGGCAUUGCUACGGACAAAGAUGGCAUCAUUUUGCUUUCAGACCUAGACAAUAGCUGCAUUCAUCUAGUUGACGAAAAUGGCAAAUUUCUUCGAUACAUCACAUGCGGGAGAUCUUUGAACAAAGUGUGCGAUUUGUGCAUUGAUUACAGAGGCCAGAUCUGGAUAGCAGAGAGAAAUUCUGCAAGAGUAAAGUGUAUCGAAUAUCAUUAAUUAAUAAUGAAUAUUAAAUGACGUGUCGUGACGCUCAAAAACGGUGCUCACGCGUUGCCCUAUGGUGCCAGAGUCCGCCAAGAGGCGUAAAAAGCAAAAGGGCCCAGGCUCCCCUAAGCUCGCACAAAUACUAUAGUUUCGGCGUUCAGAUCUUUUUUCACACAGUCUUGCGUCACUCCUAGUAUAUGUUUAUCAAUUCUCAAAAAUGUCCAAAUU